AGUUAAACUAAGAAAAUCGCUCCAAGGCUCAGCACAAAAGGAUCUUUUCAUUCCUGCCCUUUCACCCACGUAGGGAACUAUGCCUUUGGAGGUGGUGGUGGAACUUCAGAUCCGGGCGAUUUCUUGCCCAGGGGUGUUCCUUCCUGACAAGCAUGAUGUGUUCCUUGGAGUUUACCUCCUGAAUCAGUACCUGGAAACAGACUGCUUUCCCUCUAUGUUCCCUAUUAUGAUUCAGCGAAGCAUGAGGUUUGAGAAGGUAUUUGAAAAUGCAAUAGAUCCUGGAGCUGUAGCAGACAUUUUAGAAAGCUUUCUAACCAGAUUUGAGUUAAUACAGCUAGUGCCUCCAGUGUGGCAAGAGUUGGCCUACUAUGAAGAAAACACACGGGACUUUCUCUUCCCUGAGCCACGGCUGACACCUUCGCACCCUGGGAUGUGUAGGGAGGUGCUCAUGAAGACAGUUGAAGGCUUUCCAGGGAUUGCUCCUAAAAUAGAGUUUUCUACAAGGACAGCCAUCAGAGAACGUGUGUUUCUGCAUAGAAACAGAUUUUUUGAAGAAAGAUGUAAGUCACGAAGGCCUUUAUCUACACCAAAAGGACCAAAAUUCCCCUUGAGUUGUGUAAAGAUGAAGCCAAGGGAGAGUAAUCUCAACAGCGUGGCCCCAGGCAUGCAGUCUCGGCCAUUCUCUCCAUAUUGGACCAGGCGUUUCUUCCAGGACCAGCCAGCUCAGCUGAACCUUGGAUAUACUUUCAAAAUACCUGGAGAAAGCAAACCUCCGUUUGUAGUAAGACAUGUGGACAGUGCAAAGCCCUUUGGUGAGAACAAUUCAGAGCAUCAUUCCCAGAAGUCUAGAAGAAAACCUAACUUUUCAAACCUUCCAUUUCCAGUGAGAAGAGCAUCUUCUCUUGACAGCCUUGCAGCUAAUGUGAAGGUUAUCAAAGAGCCAGAUGAACGGAUUGUUUUAAGGAAUGAAUCACCAUCAUCUUUAGAUUCAAGUAAGUUUGGAAAGCCCUCACCCAGUUACAGUAACCAAGGGGAUGCUGAUUUUCACCAGGAAACUUCAUUUGACACCUCCCAGCACUCCAGAUCUCCCAGCCCUCUUCUGGAUCAGCCCCUUCUCCGAGAAAGACCCCACCCCGGGUCCCAGGCCACAUGGAAGAAGAUCCAUGAAAGGGUCUGCGGUCUUCUGAUGUCCCACAGAGCUCAGCAACACCUAAACAAGGAAGAAUCCAUCUCUGAAGUAAAGAAUAUCCUCGACAGACCAGGCUACCCUCUGAAGAAAUACCGUGCACAUGAACAGAAAUAUUUUUAAGCUGCUGUCCUAUGGGAGACUGAAUGAAAGCUGCAGGAGUAUCAUGAAGAGCUCACUCAUUGAGUCAGCUGAACAACCAUUUUUGUUCUGUGUAUCAAAUCACCAGUGUCUGACCCCC